UUUGGUGUGGGCAGGAGAAGCUGGAGCCACCCCCUGAGGCCCUAGCGACGGGCCGUGCCGUCACGUGGUCUCCCCGCCGCCUCUGAUUGGCGGGGGCGGUCGCGGCCUCGCCGCUGCCGGUGCGAUGUAGGGAAGGGCCGGGGCUGAGCUCGGGGACAGGAGCCGCCGCCCCCGGUGCUGCCGGCGAGAGACGGGGCCGCGGGAUGAGAAAGCGGAACGAGUCCGUCACGCUGGAGCACGAGCGCCCCGCCGGCCCGCCCGAGCCGGGCUGCAGCCUGAGGCGCAGCCUGCGCCUGGCCGGCGCCGCGAGCGCGCGGCCCCCCGGGGAGCCGGCCAUGAAGCGGCCGCUCGGCAGGCGAUAUGGAUUGUGGUUCCGAUUACGGAAGUUGUUAAUCUGGUUGUUGGGAGUAUACAUAGCCAUUCCGUUUCUAGUCAAACUUUGUCCUGCUAUUCAGGUGAAGCUGGUCUUCUUAAAUUUUGUGAGGGUUCCGUAUUUCAUUGACUUGAAAAGGCCACAGGAUCAAGGCUUAAACCACACCUAUAAUUAUUACCUUCAGCCAGAGGAGGAUGUAACCAUUGGAGUCUGGCACACCGUUCCUGCAGCCUUAUGGAAGGAUGCUCAAAGCAAAGGCCAGCCAUGGUAUGAGGACACUUUGGGAUCCAACCAUCCUGUAAUCCUUUACUUGCACGGAAAUGCAGGAACUAGAGGAGGGGAUCACCGUGUGGAACUUUACAAGGUUCUAAGUUCCCUUGGUUACCAUGUAGUCACAUUUGAUUAUCGAGGGUGGGGAGAUUCUGUGGGCACUCCGUCAGAGAGAGGAAUGACCUAUGAUGCACUCCAUGUUUUUGACUGGAUAAAAGCAAGAAGUGGAGACAAUCCUGUCUAUAUAUGGGGGCACUCCUUAGGCACAGGAGUUGCAACAAAUUUAGUGCGACGUCUUUGUGAAAGAGAAACUCCUCCAGAUGCCCUAAUACUGGAAUCACCAUUUACUAAUAUACGUGAAGAAGCAAAAAGCCAUCCGUUUUCAGUGAUAUAUAGAUACUUCCCUGGAUUUGACUGGUUCUUCCUUGACACCAUCACAAUGAGUGGAAUUAAAUUUGCAAAUGAUGAGAAUGUAAAAUACAUUUCCUGCUCGCUGCUUAUUCUUCAUGCUGAAGAUGAUCCUGUUGUACCAUUUCAUCUUGGAAAGAAGCUUUAUAACAUUGCUGCACCGUCUCGGAGUUUCCGUGACUACAAAGUACAGUUUGUUCCAUUUCACAGAGACCUCGGCUACAGGCAUAAGUACAUAUACAGGAGUCCAGAGCUACCUCGAAUACUGCGGGAAUUCCUGGGAAAAUCUGAACAUGCACAUCAUCACUGAAGACUGGCUGCUUGGUAGCAUUAAGGUUCUUUUUGUUUUUUCUUUUGGUAAGUGUGCCAUUCUUUAGUGCUUAGCACUGGCUAAGCCAGGAAUUCCUUCGUUUGUCCUGAUGCAUACCCUUGGAAAUCCAAACUCCCACAUCAGUGUCUAAGACAGUAGGAGAAGAAAGAAAUGAAGUUAGCUGGCUUCUGUUUUAACAUGGACAGAAAAACAAACAAACCCAUGCACCAAUACCAACCCAUUCAAAACUUGAGCACAACAAAGACCUACCAAUGCAGCAUAAUAAUUAAAAGAACAGACAUUCCUAGAAAACAUGUUUUGGGACAAAUGGUAUUCCUUCUACAUUUAAAAACAGCGUAACAUUUUGGAUCACAAAUGGACUGUGAUUUACCCACAAAAUGGUGGCUGUGACCAUCUUUAAAUAUUGCAGCUGUCUUGCUUCAGUUCCAGGGUGUUUCCUUUAUAGAAUAUAUAUAUUUAGUUCAUCAUUUUCUCUCAAUGGUUAUAAUCAGGAAAGUGCUGAAGAUCAUGGGGAAUAUUGAUGUUUUAUUGAAAUCAGUUAACUUUUAAUUUGAGGUGUACUGCAAAAGCAUAAGGAUACUUGCAAGACAAACACAUUUUGAAAUAAAAAGGAUGUUUUUAAAAAAGUAAGACACAAAUAUUUAACGUGAUGGGGAUGUUGUAACACUUUUCCAUUCUCCCCCCCCACCAUGUCCUUCUUUCUGAGUAUCAUUCCCACUCCAUACAUGCACACCUCUGGAGUAUUCCUUUUCCCCCUUCCCAUAUACCUUUGGUAGGAGUAUUGGUACCUUAAGUGACUUCAACAGACGGGAUUUUACUUUAGAGAAAGUUUUUUAAUUUUUUUCUGAGAUUUCCCCUUCUCUGAAUCAUAUAGGCCUAGAAUAUGUAGGAAUUUAUUUAAACAAAAAAGUCUUCCAUUCUUCUUUAAGCAUAAAGAGACACAAGCACUUUCUUGGGGAUGAGAGGACAGAGAUCCGUAAGAAAUAUGUUUUAGCUCCAGUUGUCAGGCACAAAGGGAGAGGUGAACUUGUCACUUCCUUAGGCAGAGCAAUUCCUGCAUAACUAAAAGCAAGCAGCAGUAGAUAGUUACUAAUGCAAAUAAACUGUGGUUCUGUUUUAUUCUUUAUUCCCCACACCCUGUUUUCCAUGCCCUGGGCAAAGACUCAGCUCUCCUGUUUACACGGAAUACACCUGGUUCAUCUGUGGCCUCAGUCCGUCUUUCCUCAUAGCAACAUGUGCUGUCCUGGAUGGGUGGCUGGCCAUGCUGGGAGGCUGUAGAUUCAUAGGGCCCCACUCCACUGGGGGAGAUGCUCAGUGGAAGCUUCCUCCUUGUACAGCGGGAAGUGAUGCGCAAGCUGCUCUGUGGUGGAAGGUUGGGCUGCCGGCUGUGCAUCCCUUUAUCAUAACCCUUAGUGAGGCACAUCACAGGUGUCCCCGUUCUGUUGUGCCUCCCAUUCCCCCACUCCUUCCCUGACUGCUCCCACAAAACAAUUCCUGGUUCAGGACUCGCACCUCCACCCCCACUAGCAUGGCACAGCGGUUUGGGGCAUGUGGGUGGGAGAAUGUCACGUGCUGGACAAUGGGAGCUGUAUCUGGAGAACCCAAUAAACUGGGGCUUUUCAGGGUACUCUAGCCUUGUUUGAACUGGCCCUAACAAAUCAUCCCAUGUAAUACUCGGUGUAAUAGUUUUAGUUCCUAGUGUUCAGAAGUGAACCUUACAGCCUUGAGGGGUCUGUUCUCUUAUGCAGUUGUAUAAGGCGUAGUGUAACCAGUUCAGCAUGCAUCCAACUUAUAGCUACAGGCUCAUAAUAGUUACAAAGCGGACAGUAGAUUGUCUGCCGUAGUAUGGUUAUACUAAGGUUUUGACCCAUAACACUUCUGAGCUAACUGUGACACUUAAAUUCUAUUUUAUGCACUUACUGAUAUUUAUUGCACUGACAGGACAGAAACACUAUUUGGCUCUUUGCAAUUCAGUCUCUACAUUCCAUCUAAUGCUGCUGCUGUCAUCUGACUCAUGUUAAAAUAUAAACUUAAAUGAAAAUGUUGACUCUCCUCCCAUGUGACACAGAUUAGAUUCCAGAGCAUGAACCAGUGCAGUUUAUUUCAACAUACAUUCCAGUUAAUUAGGCCAGUAAUGUGCAUUGAUUGAAAUGUUUAUCUAAAAAUGUGUAGCUUUAAUAAAACUUCUGAUCACUCCA